GCCCCUCAAUCCGCCCUACCUCCUUGUACCACCAACCAUGCUGCUGCUUCUCGGAAGAAGAGCAGCAGUCGACUGAACCUCGCGGUCUUCGACUUUUCCAGGUCUCGCGGUCGCUGGAGCUCGUCCGACAAGGGGGGACGCGCUCUUGCGCAUGAUGUUAGAGACUCGAUUCGAUCUUACGUGCAACGCCGCCUGUCCAGACAUUCGGUAGACCGCGACGCUGCCCGGCCGAGCUCGCGGCCAGACUCGCGACCCGACACAGUAUCUUCGGACUAUCCGCGCAAUCAGACACCAUCGAUUGAGUGGACGCUGUCAAAAGAGCGCACUGAGGUAGUGAGCCCUCUGAUGCCACCCAGUCCCAUGGACUUUCCCAGCUCAGGCAAGCGGUUGUCCGGAGCGUCAUCACGGUCCUCGCGAUCGACUGUCAGCGCUCGAGUGAAGCGCCCGCCACCUCUUACCCUGCGGAAGAAGCAGCUCGCUGCUCCUCUCAGCCCCUAUCCAAAACACGGGGCUUCUAUAUGGGAAAAGGCGGGCCGCGAGAAGCGCGUGAGCUAUCGGCAAAACCGCCAGGUGCGGUUUCCGAAGUAUGCGAAGAGGAGCCCGCCAACACCGAAAGGAUUCAUCUCAUCGGCCACGCCUCCUCUGACACCCCCGGCCCGCUCCCAGAUCCAGCAGAACACUCGCGACUACGUCAAGGCAUUCCACAGUGGAACCUCCCACCUGUUAGGUGCUAUCGGUGGGGCUCGAAAGAAGAUCAGUGGGGCCAAGCUUGAGCGACGACACUCGCAGCUGAAGUCACAAAUCCGACUCAUCGGCCCUGUUAGUCCAUACAACACCCAAGGACAGACUGAUCCAUGGGUGUAGUCCUUGGCAGUCUCUCGCUUCCCUAUUCUUUCUAUGUUCUUUUACAUUACUUGAUACAUGUUGUCAACACUAUACUUCGUGGUUUUAGUGGUCAUAUUAGCGUGCUUUUUUCCUCUCAUUCUUCUUAUAUUUCACAUCUGUUGUUUAUACUUGAUAUCCCGUUGGCACUCUGCAGGUUCAAGGUCAGGCGUUGUGGUUUCGUGCUAAGCGAACUCUAAGAAUGUUUUUUUAUAGGCAUGGUUGCGUCAAUUCAUGACCCUCUAUUUAUGACUCCAUGGUUCAGACCGAAUGAAUACACUGUUAGCUUUGAUUUUCCUCUUCCACCCCCCCCCAAGUAUCUCAACAUGUCAAUAUACC